AACAACAACCAUCCACCAUGUCUCUUCCUCAGUCUAUGAAGGCUCUCAGAUAUGAGCAGCCUGAGAAACAUGCUGUUGUUGACGUUCCCCUUCCCAAGCUCCGUGACAAUGAUGUCUUGGUCAAAGUAAAAGCUUGCGGUGUUUGUGGUACUGACCUGCACAUCCACGAGGGUCAAUUCAUUGCCAAGUUCCCCUUGGUUCCUGGUCACGAAACUGUUGGUGUCGUCGCGGCUGUUGGCCCCAAGGUCAAGGGCUUCCAAGUCGGCGAGCGGGUCGUCGCUGACAACUCGGAGCUCUGUGGUGAAUGCUUCUACUGCCGCCGUGGAGAUGAGUUGUUCUGUGAACACUUCGAGGCCCACGGUGUCACCAUGAACGGCGGCUUUGCUGAGUACUGCGCUUACCCUGCUGGCAGGGUAUUCAAGAUCAAGAACCUCUCUGACGUCGAUGCCACCCUCCUCGAGCCCGCCUCGUGCGCCGCUCACGGUUUGGACAAGAUCGCUCCGAAGAUGGGCUCUUCCGUCCUGUUGUUCGGUGCUGGUCCCACCGGCCUUAUCCUCGCUCAGUUGCUCCGCCAGUGCGGUGGAUGCCGUGUUGUUGUGGCCGCUCCCGAAGGUCUGAAGUUGGACCUGGCCAAGUCCCUCGAAGCUGGUGAUGAAUAUGUCGCCCUGUCGCGUCAGGAUCCUAGCGCACAGUUCGAGAAGCUGAAGAAGGAGAACCCCUACGGGUUCGACAUUGUCGUGGAAGCCACCGGCAGUGUCAAGAUUCUGGAGGACUCCAUCAACUAUGUCCGCCGCGGCGGUAAGCUCGUCGUGUACGGCGUGUACAACAAUGAGGCCCGCGUUUCUUGGCCUCCCAGCAAGAUCUUUGGCGACGAGAUCACUAUUAUCGGAAGUUUCUCCGAGACCUACAAGUUCCCCGCCGCCAUUGACUACCUUGACUCUGGCAAGGUGAAGGUCAAGGGCAUCGUGAACAAGGUGUUCAAACUUGAGGAGUGGGAACAGUGCUUGGAGUCGAUGAGGAACAAGUCUGCCAUCAAGGCAGCUAUCACUUUUGACUAGAUUCUUGUAUAUAUAGAUACCACCGAUUGAUGAGUAAUGAAUGUUUAUAUGU